UCUUAUCUCAUACUCCGUUAGAGAGGCGACAGCGACAAGCUUUACUGAUAGAAUCCACACAUGAAUAGCUUAUCGACGAGCUUCACUGCUCGACUCUGUCCAUGUUCGAAGCCAUUUCCGUUACGACGCCGUUCCUGCUAUCUAUCGAGAAGAUCAGUGAUCUUUCGACCCUCUCCAAGCCCCAAUGUUCCAAGAAGAAUCGUUUGCAUGGCGGAGCCUUAUCUAAUAUCAAAAUUGGAAUCCGCUGAGAAAACGUGGAAAGAAUUGUCGGUCAAGUUGGCUGAUCCGGACGUAGUCUCAAAUCCCAGUGAAUACCAAAAAUUGGCACAAUCUGUGUCAGAGCUUGAUCAGGUUGUGUCAACGUUCAAGAUAUUCAAGGAUUGCGAGAAACAAUUAGAGGAAACAAAAGCUUUAGCAAAAGAGGAAGGCAAUGAUGAAGAUAUGGUAGAGAUGAUAACUUCAGAAAUUGAAACCUUGUCCAAUCAACUCGGAAAGCUUGAGGAAAAGCUUAAGGUAUUGUUGCUUCCUAGUGAUCCUCUUGACUCGAGAAAUAUACUGCUUGAAGGAAGGGGCCGGUUGCGUGUUGCAAUUGUAAAAGUUUGUGCUUACAAGUGUGAAAACAUGUGUUCGAGUCUAAGAACAGUCACUUUGUGUGAAAAUGAUUCUGAAAUGAGGGCUGGUACCGGUGGUGAUGAGGCAGGGCUUUGGGCUGGUGAUCUUGUCCGUAUGUAUCAGAAGUACAGUGAGAGGAAUUCAUGGAAAUAUUCCCCACUUUCCAGCUCCGAGACUGAAAAAGGAGGAUUCAAGACAUAUGUGAUGGAAGUCAAAGGAAGUCGUGUCUAUAGCAAAUUAAAAUAUGAGUCUGGCGUCCAUCGGGUUCAACGUGUUCCUCAGACAGAAGCCCAGGGCCGUGUGCACACAUCUACAGCAACUGUAGCGAUCAUGCCAGAGGCUGAUGAAGUUGAGGUGGUAAUUGAUCCAAAAGAGAUAGAACUUACAACAGCAAGGUCUGGUGGUGCUGGAGGGCAGAAUGUCAACAAGGUGGAGACAGCUGUUGAUCUUUUCCAUAAACCAACGGGAAUUCGAAUAUUCUGCACAGAAGAAAGAUCCCAGCUUCAAAACAGGAUUCGUGCUCUUCAAUUGUUGAGAGCAAAACUGUACGAGAUCAAAUUAAGGGAGCAGCAAGUGAUGAUAAGGAAUCAAAGAAAAAUACAGGUUGGUACAGGAGCUCGUGCAGAAAAGAUCCGGACAUACAAUUACAAGGACAAUAGAGUUACUGACCACCGAUUGAAGAUGAAUUUUGAGCUUACAUCAUUUCUUGAUGGUGAUAUUGAGACAGCGGUACAGUCUUGUGUUGCUAUGGAGCAGAAGGAACUACUGGAAGAACUCUCUGAAUCAGUAGGCGCAUCAGUUGGCUGAUAUUCACAAUCUUGUAACAAUGUCUUGGACAAUGACAGUUGAACGCGGAAUGCCCAUGGAUGCUUUCUACUUGAACAAACAAUGGAAGUACAGACUGUACAGUAGUGUCAUGGGCAGUAAAGUUGUUCGUAAAUGUGACACUUCCAUUCACUUUUUUUUUUUUUUUUUU